GGAAAGCUCUUGCAGUCGCAAUAGCAAAAGCGGGGGGCAGAGGUUGCGAGCUUUCACGCGCGCUUAGAUUAAGUCAGUUUUUGAUAGUGCAGGUUGGGAAAGGACGGAGCCGGGGAACCAGCUCCCGGUAUUCCCUCCCUUACCUUUUUUUCCCCUCUUCCCCCCCGGCCCUUUCUUUUCUAACCUCUAAGCUGGCCCCCGAGCCGCCGCGGCGGGGCCGGGGGCGAGGCGGGCGGUGCAGCAGCCCCGCUCCAGCUCUCGGGCGCCCGGCGUCUCCGUAGCCGCCCCCGGGAUUCGAACUCGCGUCCCGGGGCAGCGCCGGGGCUGCGGCUGGACGGGGAGCGCCCGCAGAAGCCCGAGCCGCCCUCGGCGCCCGGGACGAGGAUGGUGCUGGACAAGGAGGACGAGACUUGUUCUCUUCUCCCCUGAGCGGAGGCUGCUGGAGCAGAAGCAUCUGUCCCCGGACUUUUCUUGAUUGCGGAGAUGAUGGUGCUGGACAAGGAGGACGGUGUGCCAAUGUUAUCUGUACAACCCAAGGGGAAGCAGAAGGGCUGUGCUGGCUGCAACCGGAAGAUCAAGGACCGGUACCUGCUGAAGGCUCUGGAUAAGUACUGGCAUGAAGACUGCCUAAAGUGUGCCUGCUGUGACUGUCGUCUUGGAGAGGUUGGAUCAACUCUUUACACAAAAGCAAAUCUCAUUCUUUGCCGCAGAGAUUAUCUGAGGCUCUUUGGUACCACCGGGAAUUGUGCUGCCUGCAGUAAACUGAUCCCUGCCUUUGAGAUGGUGAUGAGGGCCAGAGAUAAUGUUUACCAUUUGGACUGCUUUGCCUGUCAGCUCUGCAACCAGCGGUUCUGUGUGGGAGACAAAUUUUUCCUGAAGAACAACAUGAUCUUGUGUCAGAUGGACUAUGAGGAAGGGCAGCUGAAUGGGAGCUUCGAAUCCCAGGUUCAAUAACAAACCCUGCUUCGCUGAAGCACUGCGGGAUGGGUGCUUGGCCACGUGAGCAGCGAGAGCGCCUGUCAGCUUGCCUGCAAUAUUUUUUUAAUUCUUGGUCCAGAGAGGACUAUACAUUGUAGUACUUUCCCCCCCAACACAAAGCAGUUACAAUUUUAGAUGUACGGUUGUGCCUGCUUAGCUGAGCACUGCAUUGCCUGUAUGUUUGUGAGUUUUUGGGGUCUGGGGGAGGGCUCUGUACAGACUGUUUUCUGUAUAUAAACUGGAACAUUUAUUUUAUGAAAAAAUGUAAUGCAAUUUUAUUACUGGUGUGAAUUAAAAAUUAUGAAUGUUUCCUGCUCAGCUGUGGUUUGUUCCUCACGCAGUGAAAGUCUGUAUUUCCUGUGCUGCUCGUUGAACAGACUAUUAGAAAUAUAUACACACGUUCCUGGAAGCUACAUGAAUAAAAGCAGAAGCGGGAGCUUGCACACAGAAACUAGGGGAAGGAAUGCUGCUGCAGUCAGACCUCUCUGCUCAAAGUGCAUGGAGAGUUGUCUGCUUGCUGGGUGGUACAGUGGGAA